AUGACUGAGAACGAAAAUAAACCAUGGACAGCAGAAGAAGAUGCCUUCUGUGUAUGGUGUUUCUUCUGUUCUCCAGUCGCAUCUUUUCCAAAUUUGACAGAUAUUCCAGGAUCUCAUACUCCUCAACAGAUUUUGGAACGUUUCUUACAGUUAAUGAAGCAACCAUUGUUAUUAGAACGUGUGAAACAGUUUUGCAAUAACAAUAUUUUCCAAUUUCGUGGACAAAUACCAUUCACUACUGUUGAAGAUUAUUAUCUAGUAAAUUCUUUACGUUUAGAAAACACAUCAGAAGCCUCUGAUGUGACUAAAACAUUCGGAAACUACUUCCAUAUAAGUCGAACUCUUGCACAGUUAAGAUCCAGACAGUUUGCUCUCAGUAUUUCGGGAAAAAGUUUAUAUCAAACUCAACUUGACGAUUUCAUCAAAUUCAAGAAGGAAAUUCUCAAAAAAUACACUGAAGAUCAACUCACGCAAAUAGCUAAUACAGUUGAUCAAUUAACACCAUAUUUCUUAUCACAUGCUGUCAACAUUCCUUUCAUGGAAGAAUUGACCAAAGUGCUAGAUGAAGUUGAUAAGAAAGUACAGAGCGAAUUUCAGAGAGGAGAAUACGCUGCAUUACUUGGAAAAUUAGGUCCACAUAAAAUUACGAAACCUAAGACUCUUAUUGGUCGUAAUUCUCAGUUCAUCGGUGUUGAUAUAGACCUUACUCCAUAUCAUAUUCAAACUAUAUCACGUAAGCAUGCCUCCAUUAAGCUUUGCACCGAUUUCAAUUAUUAUAUAGAAUGUCUCGGCUCAAAUAUUAUAAUUAAUGGAAAAUUAUUACUUCCUGGUGAGGUAGCUAAGCUAUCCCAUCGCGAUAUUAUAGAUAUUGGUGGUUGUUUAUUGUUAUUCCUUCAAAACAAUCAUGUUCAUGAAGGUAUUAGAGAAAAUAUGAAUAAAGAAUAA